AACUUGCUCGUCUAAAUAUCACAAAACUAUGUUUACAGAUAAUUAUAUCAUAGUUGUUGAAAUUAUAAUUAUAUCUUAUAGGAUGAUGGACCUAUUUCCCUUAUUUUAAUCCUUAAAACUACAGUAUACUAUUAACUUGCCAACGAACAUGAGGCAACGACUUCAUGAUCAUUAUUAUAGGAGAAAUGCUUAGCUCUUUGCAUCUACUAACACCAUGGCGACUUCCAAAUUUACCUUUUUCAUCAUCCUUCUUUUAGGCCUUACUGAGAAAUCCUCGACCGCAUCGCGUAUAAACUCUCGCAAGAGUUGCAAUUUUCCGGCUGUUUAUAACUUUGGAGAUUCAAAUUCAGAUACUGGAGCUAUCUCUGCGGCUAUAGGAGAAGUUCCUCCACCAAACGGAGUUGCCUUCUUUGGAAGAUCUGCGGGGAGACAUUCUGAUGGCCGUCUCAUUAUAGACUUAAUUACCGAGAAUCUGACGUUGCCGUAUCUAACACCGUACUUGGAUUCGGUUGGAGCUAAUUAUCGGCAUGGGGCUAAUUUUGCGACUGGCGGCUCUUGCAUCCGCCCCACCGUUGCUUGUUUUAGUCAGUUCCAUAUUGGAACUCAAGUGUCUCAGUUCAUUCACUUCAAGACUCGUACAUUGUCUCUUUACAACCAAACCAACGGAAAAACUCCAUUCUGCAAAGGAGUCCUUGCACGGCCUAAAGAUUUCUCAAAGGCUCUUUAUACUUUCGAUAUCGGUCAGAAUGAUCUCGCCAUCGGGUUCCAAAACAUGACAGAGGAACAACUCAAAGCAACUAUACCGGCAAUCAUCGAAAGCUUCACUACUGCUAUAAAAUUGCUGUACAAAGAAGGAGCAAGAUUCUUCUCAAUUCACAACACCGGACCAACGGGCUGUUUACCCUAUCUUCUGAAAUCAUUUCCGGCUACACCGCGAGAUCAGUAUGGUUGCUUGAAGCCUCUAAACAAUGUGGCAAUUGAGUUCAACAAACAACUCAAGCAGAAAAUCUCUGAACUGAACAAAGAGUUACCUUAUUCUCUCUUAACUUAUGUUGAUGUCUACUCAGCCAAAAGCCAUUCGAUCACCAAAGCAAAGAAUCUUGGUUUUGUUGAUCCUUUUGAUUAUUGUUGCGUUGGGGCGGUCGGACGUGGAAUGGGAUGCGGAAAGACAAUAUUUCCAAAUGGAACAGAACUUUAUAGUUCUUCGUGCCAAAACCGAAAAAAUUUCAUAAGCUGGGAUGGUAUACAUUACUCGGAAACCGCGAAUAUGCUAGUCGCAAAUCGGAUCCUCGAUGGAUCAAUAUCCAAUCCGCCUCUCCCAACCCAAAAAGCUUGCAAGCUUACGAAAAAUGUAGUUGGCAAAGUAUGAAUUAAUAAAUGUUUAAGAAUAGCCGAAUGGUUUGAUUCUGCCGUUAUCUAAUCAUUGUCGACUGUUGGAGGGUGCUCUUUUCUUUUAACUCGUUCGCAGCUCGAAAACCUAUUAGAUACUCCCUCUCUUCCACGUUUAUAAUUUUUUUAGUAUUUUCACACAUAUUAAAAAAACACUGCCAUAAUAAAUGAAUCGUUUUCUGUAAUUUUUAAUUUCCAAUUACUUUUAACCAAUAAUAAUUCAAUAAAGUCAAUUAAUUUUCUUGAAGUUUACAAUUUUU